CGAACCUCAUUGCUGACAGACACCUUUCACCAAAAGCAAAUUCAAGAGUCUUUCAUGUAAAACACAUGGAUUGCAGUGAACGAAAUGUCACUGCGUGCACCCGAGGACCCCGGUGACAACACGCCCAUCAUCACCGCCAACGGCUACCAUGAAAGCAUCUACCCCACCUGCGCAGCCCUCGCCGCUCGUGUCAACAACUUUCUCGAAACCGAGGCCCCGACCUCUUUACUGAAAGCUGUGCAGGAACAGAUCAGGACGGCGCUGGGCGUGAUUGGGAGCGCUUUAGAACGAUACAGCUUAGACGAAAUCUCCCUCUCAUACAACGGCGGCAAAGACUGCCUCGUCCUCCUCAUCCUCUUACUCUGCGCCCUAGCAAAAUACAAGAAGGAUGCCCUCCCCAAAGCUCUGCACACCGUGUACAUAAUCUCGAAACACCCGUUCGCAGAAGUGGGAGCGUUCGUCGAUGAGUCGUCCGCUACCUAUAAACUGGACCUGGUCCGCUACGCCAUGCCCAUGAAAGAAGCGUUCAGAACCUACUUAGAAGAACAUAAGAAGAUCAAAGCUAUACUGGUCGGCACCCGGAGAACGGACCCGCAUGGAGAGAACUUGACGCAUUUCGAUGAGACGGAUUCGGGUUGGCCGGCUUUUAUGAGGGUCCAUCCUGUUAUCGAUUGGCAUUAUGCGGAAAUUUGGGCUUUUAUUCGGCAUUUCGAGAUUCCUUAUUGCUCGCUUUACGAUCAGGGAUACACGUCUCUUGGAGGCACGACUGAUACCCAUCCAAACCCGGCGUUAAAAGCACAAGAAAAUAAGGAGAAUAGCCAUCAGACGUUUAGGCCUGCGUAUGAGUUGGUUGAGGAUGAUGCGGAACGACUUGGGAGGGAUUGGUAA